UUACCAAAUUUUCAUCCAAGUUAUGGUAGAGUAUUCAAUUCGUACACAUCCUCAAUUCCUCAAUCAUUAGUGGGAGCUGAAAAUGCCAAAAAAAAAUCAAUCAUAGAAAUACAGGAAAGAGAAUAAUAAAUCAAAGACCAUAUCGUUUUCUCAUCUUGAUCCGUAGAUUUUUAUUUGUUUCCUUCUUACCAUAAAAGUGGUCAGAGAGUUACCAAAUUUUCAUCCAAUCAGUCAAUCGUUUCGAUCUUCUUACUUAAAAUAUGAUUUUCCCAUUUUGUACUGUUUAUCUAUUAUUAAUAGAGAGAGUGUCUCUAUCCCACAAUCACACAACACUCUCAAGUAGUCUCAAUUUUCCAUCACAUUUUUCCCGCGAAAAUGACGAGAUCACAUCUUUGCCUCCUCUGUCUCCUCCUGUCCCUUGUGAAUUUCGCCGCUUCUCAAGACGAUGCGACGAUCAUGCAAUCCCUCAAAUCUACUCUUCAUCUCACACCAGACGUGGACUGGUCCAACCCUGACCCUUGCAAAUGGCCCAGCGUCCAAUGCGACGGAAGCAACCGCGUGACGAGGAUCCAGCUUAAACAGAAAGGCAUCAGCGGGACUCUCCCUCCGGAUCUCCAGAAACUUUCCGAGCUCAUCGUCCUCGAGUUAUUCUCCAACAAAAUCUCCGGCCCGGUUCCUGAUCUCUCGGGACUAACGCAUCUACAGAGGCUGAAUCUACACGACAAUCUCUUCGAAUCGACGCCGGCGAAUCUCUUCUCGGGGAUGAACUCGUUGCAAGAAGUGUACCUCGACAACAACCCUUUCGCUUCUUGGGAGAUUCCAGAGACUAUUAAAGAAGCCACGUCUCUCAAGAACCUCUCUCUCGUCAACUGCAACCUCGCGGGUUCGAUUCCUGAUUUCUUCAGCUCCCAGACGCUCCCAAGCCUCGUUUCUUUGAAGCUAUCUCGCAAUAAUCUGCAGGGAGUGCUGCCUUCCAGCUUCGGAGCUUCCUCGUUACAGCAGCUCUAUCUCAACGGACAGAAGCUAUUCGGGUCUAUCUCGGUGUUACAGAAGAUGACUUCUCUCGUCGAGGUUGAUCUGCAAGCUAACACCUUUUGGGGUCCCAUCCCUGAUCUCUCUGGUUUACAGUCUCUCAGGUUGUUCAAUGUAAGAGAGAAUCAGCUCACUGGUCUUGUCCCACCGUCCUUUACUGGUCUCAAAUCGCUUACUGUCGUGAAUCUGACUAAUAACUGCUUUCAAGGACCAACUCCCUUAUUCGACAACUCCGUCGCUGUUGAUAUAAUAGCCAACACGAAUAGCUUCUGUCUGGAAACUGCUGGUGCUCCGUGUGAUCCUCGCGUCGAGGCCUUGCUUUCUGUAGCUGAUUCGUUUGGAUAUCGAGUGAAGCUAGCCAAGAGUUGGAAAGGGAAUGAUCCGUGUGGUCGUAGCUGGCUUGGGAUUACUUGUUCUGGAAGUAAUGAUGUUACAGUGGUCGAUCUUGGGAGGCAGGAGCUCACGGGUACGAUACCUCCGAGUUUUGCUAAGCUUACUUCCUUGGAAACCAUCAAUCUUUCUAAUAACCAACUCACUGGGAGUAUACCGACAGAGCUUACCAAUUUGCCUAUGCUUAGGACACUCGAUGUGUCGAACAACGACAUCCACGGUGAUGUGCCCAAAUUCAGCCCAAGUGUGAGUGUGGUGACUACUGGUAACGUUAACAUCGGGCCUGUCUCACCGACUGAUUGGAAAUCCUUCAGAAAUAGAAUAUAGAUCAUUUUUUGAAAAACACAUUUAAAAACUAAAUGAAAUUAAUAAAGGAAAUUGAAAAUUUGACCUAGUUGUACUACACCCACGUCUUCUUUCUUUAUCUAAAAUUAUAAAUCAAAUUAUCUGCCGAGAGCAUCUCUAACUCCACUUUAUAUUUCAUUUUUUGCUUUAUUUUGAAGUAAGUUUUGCUUCAACCUUACUUCAUUUUUUUUGCUUCAGAAUGAAAUAAUGAACAUUGUUGUUUCAAAUUUGAAAAUCUACUGUACAUAUCUUCAUUUUUUAAAGAUGAACGUUUUCGUUAUAAAUUGGUACUUAACUUUUAUUUAUUCUUAUCUUUUGACGAAAUAAACUAUAUGCUUUAAUAUAAUCCAAUUAAUUUCAAAAUUUUGACUAUUAAUUUUAUCUAAUCAGAUGUUUAUAUCAAAAAACAUAUGAAUCUUUUUUAAUUCGAUUUAAAAGAAUCAAAGAUAAAUAAGCUCAUUUCUUACUCUAAACAUUUUUGUUAAUCAAUUGUAGAAAAAUAUUAUAUAUAUGGUGUUUUUUUAUACAAAUUAUGAUGUUUUGUGUUUGUUUAUUCAUGUUAUGUAAUAAAUUCAUUAUAUGAGGAUAUUAAAUUUAUAUGAAAUAAUAAUUAUGUUGGAUUAUUUUUAAAACAAAAUAGUUAGGAAAAAUAAGUAAAUAUAAAAAAGUAAUAAGGUGUCUAUUAGUAAUUAAUGAUAAAGUAGAGAUGAAAUAUACUUGGAAUAUUCUUUUUAUAAGAAAGAAAUGAAGCAAACCAUUGCAGUGAUUGCUACUUCAUUUUGAAAAAAAAAUGAAUUUUUUAAGAUAAAAUUGAAGUCAACCAUUGGAAAUGCUCUAACUACAAAACAACAUGCACACAAAUAAAAAGUUUGCAGAUAACGAGGUCAAAAGAAAAGCUAAAAAGGUAAAAAGUUAAAACUAAAUGAAAAUUUUGAUUUAUAUGAUAUAAAUAACACGAGUUAUGAGAAUUUGUGAAAUGUUUUUAGCGAUUUAAACCCCUAACAAUUAUUAGAUCGGAUGGAAAACCCCCAAUUAAAACUUUAUGUUUUUAAACCCUCAACUAUUAAAACGUUAACCCACCGUUAAUAUCGUUAACCUUCUGUUAACACAGUCAUCUUUUCUGGAGGGAUUCAUGUUAUAUUAACGAGGUGUUUCAUAUAAUCACAUAAACGUCACGAGAAGCUUACAACCGAUGGAUGUUUUAGUGAUUUAAACCUCCAAAUAAAAACUCAUUUUUUGGUCUUGGAGAAAUUUUAAAUUUGCGGUUUUAGCAGAAAAACGUGAUUUUCAGUUUUUGCAGGAAAAUUCGAUUUUAAGUUUUUAGCGGAAAAAAAUUGAUUUUGUGGUUUUGGCAGGAAAACCCGAUUAUUAGUUUUGGCAGAAACUUGAUUUUUGAAGUUUUGGCGAAAAAUGUGUUUUCGGUUUUACGAGAAAAAUUGAUUUUUGAUUUUGGUAGAAACCCCUAUUUUAAGGUUUUGGCAAAACAACUCAUUUUACGGGGUUUUAUGUGAAAGCUCGAUUUUUUUGGUUUUGGCAAGAAAACUCGUUUUUGAUUUUUUGGCGAGAAAAAUUGAUUUUACGGAGUGGUGAGAAAACUUUAUUCUGCAUAACCGAACAAAUUUAAAAUUCCAGUAUACAGUUAAAUAUUGUAUACAAUUUAUAUAAAGCAAAAUAAAAGAGCUAAAAUUAAGCCCUAAAAAUUUUAAGGCUAAUUAUGUUCAAGCCUUUUAAGCUUUGUGUCAAUGUAAGGGUUUGUGCUAAAAGUUGGCCUACAAGGUCAAGGAUAACCCUGGUAGGUUGAGCCACAUUAAUAUUCCUACUGAUGGUGUUGAAUACACGCCGGAUAUAAUUCUCUGUUACUAUUCUAUUCAGAACCGACUAUAAAAUAAAGACAAAGGAGAAAAAGGGAUCCAAGCCUCAGAAUCACAUACCAAAAUUAUACUCUUUUUACAAUCAAAUUCACUUGUAUUCUUACAUAUCUUGUUCUUCAUCAUUAUGUCAACUUUGAGUAUCACUAAGAAACUUUUUUCCAUCUUUAAGUCUCAUACGCAUUAUCAUUUUGUUCAAUACUUGUUCAACAUAUUAGAUUAAAGCAUAACCAUAAUUUAUGAGUGGAUCAUCUGGUCCGUCAUUUGGCGCGCGAAAGGAAGGAGGUGGGAAUUAAUACAAAAACCCUCUACAGAUCCGGCGUGAAAACCAAAUAAAAUUGACUGGAACACACACAUCUGAUUUAUCCAGAGCAAUAAAAAUCACGGGUUCCACCCUGCAUGUCGUAGGACAGCAAUUCAACGCCGAUGUAACUCACAUCACCGUAACACCACCGACAUCACCAAUUGCCAAUCUGGACGAAACUCUAUCCCAUGCACCAUGCGAGUUACGAAAUGUUUCCUUUAUCUUGAUUCAAUGUGCAGGUCAGACGGAGGUUAUGGGACAUCAAGCUUUACAAAGCUUAAAGCAACUCACAAAAAUAUUGGGUGAAUAGCUGGAGCAUAUCGAUUUUCAAAUUGCUUCGUCACCAAGAAUCCCGCGAGAAUAAUAGUUUAGACAAUAGUAACCAUGAAUCCAUUUCAGACAACAUACCACAAGCCUGAAAAAAGAGAUCAUCAUCUUGAAACAAACAUUAUCCCAAGCUACAACCUAUCUCUAGUUGAUGAAAUCAAAGAUCCACCGAGUCACCAGAUCGGUCCUGAAGUUGUUCACGGACCGCUUAGCCAACGUUCCCAUCUCGAACAUCUAACCGAAGAUCUCCUCUUACAAAGGGAAAACAAAUUCAUGAGCUCAUAUGACAGUUUUCUGCAUUAGAAUGGGACAAACUUCCUUUGACGACAGAUAGAGAUACCAGAUAUUUGCCUACUCUUUGUCAAGAACCUAAUAAGAGCAGUAAUAUCGUCAAAAAUUGGACCAUAUCAACAUGCUUAUCUUUUUCAGAAUGAGACAAAUGUUUGUGUCUUUUAAUCAUUGAAUAAUGGUACCAUCAAAUAAGAAUUCAUUGAUCAUACAAGUCAAAUCUCCUUUCACUAUGUCCUAAAACUUCUGAAAAAUAAAGCGCUCGUUCCAUCAGGGUGCAUCGCAAAUGUAAGUUUUACCUCUCAUUCUGUAACUGAAGCUGUGAGUUUCUGAUUUAUCGCAUCUGUGAUUGUUGUAAAGAUAUUUUCCAAAAAGCAUCAUUUAUUUCUUCUGAAUUUGAUGAUUCGAAAGAAUAUGAUGAUUCGGAAAGUGUUCUAAAGUAACCUGUAGCAAUGGCUCUCAUUAUCUCCCCAUCUAGUCAUCUUCCAUAAUAUUUUCUGAAUUGUCUUCAGCAGUCCUGUUAUAUUUUAAUAGAUUAGUUACAAGGACAUGAUGAGAACGGACUAUAUUAUUAUAACAUACCCUGGACUUAUAUUUGGACUGAAUGAGAUUAGACUAUAGUUUAGAAUGAAGACAGUAUAUUUGCGUACCAUAAAGCCUAUUCAUCAGGCCCAAAUAAUAAUAAUACGGGAAUCUGUAUAUUAGGGUUUUCGCUUCUUUUAAUUUUCUCACUGUGCCGUCUGAAGAGAAGAUAGAUCAGACGAAAAUGGAGAAAGGCAAGGGAAGAAAGGAGGAGAUUGUUACCAGGGAGUACACUAUCAACCUCCCACUACAAGAAAUAUUGGUUUUGAUAGCAGUAGAGGAUAGUGUUUUUUGUCUUUAUGCUAUGGUUGACAUAACCGUUAGUUUUAGAUAGCGUUUGUAUAUUUUGAAACGCUAUGAUAACGUAGUAUAUUUGGAAACGUUAUGAUAGCGGAUGUUUAAUAGCAAAAUAAUUAAAACGCUAUGUUUGGUUUAUCUAAUCCCUAAACCCUAAACAAGUUCUUAAACCCUAAACUCCAAGUAUAAACCUUAAAAAUCUUGUGUUCUCACACUAUAACUUCAAAUCUUGAAUUUUAACUCAAAUUUAUUCUUUUUAAGUUUAAUAUAUAACUUCCAAAUACACAAACCUUAAUUCCUCAAUCAAACUCUAUACCCUAAAUCCUAACAUGAAACAUAUAUAAACCAUACAUCCAAUACAUAUAAAUUUCAAAUCUAAAUUUUUAUUAAUCUAACAAAUUUUAAAUCUAAAUCCUAAUCACAAAUCCUUAUAUAGUAACUAUAACCCUUGUACUUUCAAAAUUUUUAACCCUAAAAUCAUAACACAAAACACUUUACACAAACUAAUGAUAAAAACCCCAUUAUGCAGUUUUUGAAAAUCAUAUAACCACAAAAAUCUAAUCAAAAUUUAAAUUUCAUAUGUUAAAUUACAAUAUAUAAUCUUUACAUUUAGGCAAUUUAUAAAACAAUUAAAAAGAAAUCUAAAAACAAUUUUAGUGCUUCUUUUUAUGACCAUUGAUUGAUUAUAAUCUAAGGGCUGAAAUUAUUCUUUUGUCUAUCUCCAACCUUCUCUGUCAUUGGUUAAUUUUUUUUCUGAAAGAUCAGGGUUCUUAGCCAUUGAUGCAACGUAAUCCAAAGGCCACAAUUUAGUCUCUCUCUUUCUCACUUAUCUUCUCCUAUACGACUUUUUAUUUUUCUUUCUUCAGCGACAACAUCGAAGAUGAACCCAAUGAGGGCAAAGCAACUGGUUGUUGGACCACCAUCGAAGAAGAGACGACGGCACCGGUCUGAGUUCGUCGCUGUCGUCACCGGUCUCGAACUCGGAGGGAGCAUGGUGGUGCUUAGUAGCGAGGGUGAUUUCUGAAACGGCGGCGGAGAGAGGAGGCGUGAAGAGUUCGAGGUGGUGAUGAAGUUUUGCCAAAGCAAAGCCCUCGCAUCAUCGCAGUGCUCAUCCUCUUGUCCGGUGACGUUUUAAAACUCCUGAAGCAGAUCUGUUUAUCCAUGUCAGUUAUGGUUCCUUUUUUUUUUUUGGAAAGCCAAUGUCAGGAUUACACAGGUGAAGUUUGGAUUGUUCUUUUAAGAUGUAUCCUCGGAUUUGAUUAGUGAAUCACGUGUUCUGUUCUGAGACUUUCAUUUGAUUCUUAAGAUGGCAAAGGAAGCUAGCAGUGGUGGUGGAGGUGAAGCCGAGCAAGAAGAAGAAGAGAGGUGGAGAAAGAGAGACGACAAAGACACAAAAGGAAGAAGAGGAUGCGGCGAGGUGGAUGGGAGAAGAUUAGAUUUAGAUUUAUUUUUUAAUCUGGGUUUAGGCUUCUUUUUAAUUUUGGGUUUCGUUUUUGUAAUACAAUUUAAUUAAUAAAUUAAUUUUAAUUAUAAA